AUGCCAAUAUUCUUCUCAUUUCCGACCAAAUUUCUGUACUUCUUUAUGCAACUGGGCCUCUUCGAGUCCUUAGUUGGCGAAUAUCUGGUGUUCGCCAUGUCACCAAUGUUGGCUGUGGUCGAUCCAUGUGUGACGUUGUAUUACGUACUACCCUAUAGACAUUUUAUAAUGGGAAAGCUCAGAAUUGGCAACAAGAGAAAGAACUUCUCGAACGUCGCCGUGAUCGCAGCAACUCAAAAUCAAUUUGCAGUAUCUGAUGUUAAUGGUUCUGUGUAA